GGGACGGCCGAGGGAGCUGGCGGGCUGCAGGGGCGUCUGGCAGGGGGUGCAGCGCGUCUGCACGAUCUGCGUGUCACACGCGCCCACACUCACGCACGCAAGCGCACAACUUUGAACAAACUCUGCCGUCGGGUCGCUCUGGCCGAGAGCUCCCUGGGUUGCAGGUGCCUGGGCCCCCCCGCGGGGUGCGCAUCUGUAGGGCUCGACAGCCAAGUCCCCGGAGAGGGGGAAGCCCGGGGCGGUGUGUGACCGUCACCCCAGGAGUGUGCCGUCUGUGUUUUGUGAGCGUGGGGGCGGAGCCGGGUGGUCAGGCGAGGGGAGGCUGUGUGAGGGACGCGUGGGGGCACUGCAGGGUCGCAUCGGGUGUGUGUAUUUUGGGGGCUGUCGGGGGCUCUGCGGGGUCGAAGCUGAGGUAAGGGGGUUUGGGGGGCCUGGGUCCCUGCGGAUGAGGGGACGGCUGGGCAGAGUUGGGUAAGUAAAUGGGGGGCCCUGAGGGGACAGGGCCAGAGUGCUCAGGGAGCGGACAGCGGAAGCCCGGUGACCUAGGUGUAGAGCCCAGCUCGACCGGGCUCGCCCCGGGGCCCCGCCUCCUGCGCUCAGCCCUCUCCUGGCCCCGCCCCCGCCCUCUGUCACUUUCCGCGGAACCUUCUGACCCCCAAACAGCCUCUGCGGCCGCUUCUGCUCCCACUGGAGGGGCCUGGCUGCGAGGGGUGGGGCAGGGUCCGGGACCUGGCUGUGUGUGCGGGAAAGCUCCCGCUCUUGCUCCCGGAGGGCCAGAUGCAAGCCACCUCUCUGACUGUUCCUGAGGGUGCUUCCUCCAGGAAGAAGCCAAUGGAGUCAGUGGCUGACUUGGACUCUGAGUGGCCCAUUGAGAAACGAGCUCGAAGUGGGCCCCAGCCUAGGCCAGUACCCUGCCUGCUGUCCCUGAGCCCACCCCUUGCUCUGGCCCAUGCACCUGCCAUGGCCCCUGUCUCCCGGCGGCUUGGGCCUUAUGUCCUCCUGGAGCCCAAGGAAGGCGGGCGGGCCUACCGGGCCCUGCACUGCCCCACAGGCACCGAGUACACCUGUAAGGUGUACCCGGCAUCCUUAGCCCAGGCAGUGCUGGAGCCCUACUCCAGGCUGCCCCCCCACGAGCACGUGGCUCGGCCCGCCCAGGUCCUGCUGGGCACCGAGCUCCUCUAUGCCUUCUUCUCCGGAACUCACGGGGACAUGCACAGCCUGGUGCGCCGCCGCCGCCGCCUUCCUGAGCCAGAGGCCGCUGCGCUCUUCCGUCAGAUGGCCGCCGCCCUGGCGCACUGCCACCAACACGGCCUGGUCCUGCGGGACAUCAAGCUGCGUCGCUUCGUCUUUGCCAACCGUGAGAGGACACAACUGGUGCUGGAGAACCUGGAGGACGCCUGUGUCCUGACGGGGCCUGACGACCUGCUGUGGGACAAACAGGCAUGCCCAGCCUACGUGGGACCGGAGAUCCUCAGCUCUCAGGCGUCUUACUCCGGCAAGGCAGCCGACGUCUGGAGCCUGGGUGUGGCGCUCUUCACCAUGCUGGCCGGCCACUACCCCUUCCAGGGCUCAGAGCCCGCCCUGCUCUUUGGCAAGAUCCGCCGUGGUGCCUUCACCUUGCCUGCUGGCCUCUCAGCUCCUGCCCGCUGCCUGGUCCGCUGCCUCCUCCGGCGGGAACCAGCUGAGAGGCUCAUGGCCACGGGCAUCCUGCUGCACCCCUGGCUGCAGGGGAACCCAGUCCCCUCAGCUGCAUCCCCAUCCCACCUUGGGGAUGCUGAUCAGGUGGUCCCCGAUGGGGCAGGACUGGAGGAGGAGAGGGACGGUGAGGACGUCGGUCUGUACAGCUAGGUGCCCAGCUGCAAAUGGCGGUUGAGGAUCUCCAAGCUUUCUCCUGCCUCUUUCUACUGAGCCCAACCUCAAGUGCCUUCCAGAAGAGAGGAAGCAUGGGAGAGUGUGCUGCCUGCACAUUUGUGUUCUUUUAUACACAUCAGUGCCUGUGCGCAUACUGUGAGCCACCCUGUUCUGGGUGCUUGUAGUGUAGCUGUGAGUAAAGGAGACACUUUCCUCCAGAGCUGAUGAGUGCGCACAUGCCCACAUCCGCGGGCCAUUCUACCCGGUACAUUCAGUGCCAGGUUCUCCCUCCACUUGUGCCGGUGCCAAGCCCCUCUGUCCACAGGACGGUCCCUAUCUCCAGCAGCGCGCUGCCUUUGUACCCUGCGUCUAGCAGACAAAGGCAAGCAAGCAUCUCUGUACCAAAGGUGCCCAGCCUUGCCUGCAGCCAGGCCCUCGAUGCCCAGAUGGGCUGGAUGUUGUGCACUAGCAGCGCUGUCCUCCGGAUUGAUCAAAAGAUUCUCCUUGCAGCCUGAAACAAGGGUUUGGGCUGGAAAAACAAGAAUCCCACACAAGGCUGGUUCUCAUCAGACUCAGCAAUGGCUUGGAAUGAGGGUCCUGGCCUUCCUACCCCCACUGUACCGAUCAGAGCACCAAGGUGGAGUCAAUGCAGAGUCUCCAGCCUGUUUUGGGGACGCUCAGGGUCCAGGACUGUAGUCAAUACUGUUUGUUGGACCAUGAGUAUAUAAUAUCAUCUUGU